AUGUCCAAACGCCUGGCUUCCUUCCAUGGCCCGUCCACACCGACGUCUUCACCAAUACCCCAACCACGUCAGCCCGGCACUCCAGCCUCUCCAUCACGCGCUUCAGAGAAUACGAUCCACAGAAAAGUCAGAACAUUGUUGCAAGAGCUACGGUCUUUAUCGCACGCAUGGGACAAUCUUGUUCUCGUCGACGGUCUGAGGGCUGUGCGUACGCUAGUGGACACGAGAACAGAGCUCGAUAACGCGUUGGCUCUCCUUGCGCCAGGGAGCCUGCCGCGGUCCCCGAUAGUUGGACCGAAGCUCGCUAUAAUGGAGAAGUGCAUUGUACAGUUAGACUCUGUCCUAACAAAACUUCAGAAGAAUCUACGACGAAUGGGAACCGUAGUUGAUAACUUGGAAGCUUUGUACCACGAAACGCAGAAGACUAAGGGUCCCAAGUGGUGCAAAGAAGAACCACUUUGGCUUUCGUGGUCAAUUGAGAAAUUCGUAUUAUCCAUGGGUGAUAUAACUACACCCUACCACAGAUCCCUGGUUUUACUCACUGAUCUCGUCAAUAAACUGAGAAGUCACUCUCUGGCGUUCGAGGCAUCCAGGGAUAUCGUAAAUCAAUGGGUCGAGCAACCUUACCUUGAGGAAAACGGAUGGGAUGUACAGUGGGAAGAUCUCUGCGCGGUGGAGGUCGAAAAAUGGGAUGCAAGAUUAUAA